AGUACAUGCUCCUUUCUUUUCCAUAGGAGCUCUGCUUUGAGUUAAAAAAAAAUCUCAAGUGCAGGAUUUCUGAACUGGGUCCUUUAGCAAGGAAAUGUAAUGGCUUAAGUGCCACUGGAGUCACCUGCUUUACAUUGAUGAUUUUUUUUUCCAUCAAGACGUCUUAGAAAUCUUCCUAUAAAUUCCUAUUGAGGGGGCUUCUGUAAAUCCCAUAACAGCUAUCAGGAAGUGGUGUAUCCCCAUUUCUUUCUUUCUUUCUUUUUCCACUUUUACCACUGUAGGUGGCUGCCGUUAGUGCACGGACCUGCUCAUUUAAACAGACACACCAAGAAUUGUUACCUAAGCAAGCCUGACAGUAAAGAAAGGACAGGCAGAGUUAGGGAGAAAAAGGAAAGAAAAAAAGACUGCCUGAAGCAAGUCACUUCACACGCAGAAAGAGCCACUGAACGAAUGCUAUUCUCAUAAACAAACAAAAAAUAUCUUGUUUAAGAAAAGAAGAGAACUGUGAGGACUUGACAGAAAAAGGCAAGAUUUUCUACCCACUGGUUUCAGUUUUCAUUCCAGACAUACUUGGUGAAGUAAGGAGACUUCUCUUUGCUGACAGAGCCCUUGAUUUCUCUUUCAAGAUGAUGAUGUAUUUGUGGGGUAAUCAGGAAGCUACAGCACCUCCUGACACUAUGGCGCAGCCUUAUGCCUCAGCCCAGUUCGCUCCACCUCAGAAUGGGAUCCCGGCAGAAUACACAGCCCCACACCCUCAUCCAGCUCCAGACUACACAGGCCAGACCACAGUUCCAGAGCACACGUUAAACAUGUACCCUCCUGCUCAGACACACACCGAACAGAGUGCAGCUGACACAAAUGCACAAACUGUCUCCGGCACAGCCACACAGACAGAUGAUGCAGCACAGACUGACGGCCAGCAACAGACACAAUCCUCUGAAAAUACAGAAAACAAAUCACAGCCGAAACGGCUGCAUGUCUCAAAUAUACCCUUCAGAUUUCGAGAUCCGGAUCUGAGACAAAUGUUUGGACAAUUUGGUAAAAUCUUAGAUGUUGAAAUUAUUUUUAAUGAGCGAGGCUCAAAGGGAUUUGGUUUCGUAACUUUCGAAAAUAGUGCUGAUGCGGACAGGGCGAGGGAGAAAUUACACGGCACCGUGGUAGAGGGCCGUAAAAUCGAGGUAAAUAACGCGACAGCACGUGUAAUGACAAAUAAAAAGACUGUCAACCCUUAUACAAAUGGCUGGAAAUUAAAUCCAGUUGUCGGUGCAGUUUAUAGUCCAGAAUUCUAUGCAGGCAGGGUGCUGCUGUGCCAGGCAAACCAGGAGGGAUCUCCCGUGUACAGUGCCCCCAGUUCACUAGUAUACACAUCCACAAUGCCAGGCUUCCCUUACCCUGCUGCAACUGCAGCUGCUGCUUACAGAGGUGCACAUCUAAGAGGUCGAGGUCGCACAGUGUACAACACGUUUCGUGCAGCAGCCCCCCCUCCUCCAAUUCCAGCCUAUGGCGGAGUAGUGUAUCAAGAGCCUGUGUAUGGCAAUAAAUUACCACAGGGUGGUUAUGCUGCCUACCGGUAUGCCCAGCCUGCCACUGCCACUGCCGCUGCCUACAGUGACAGUUACGGACGAGUUUAUGCUGCAGACCCCUACCACCACACACUUGCUCCAGCAGCCACCUACGGCGUUGGUGCCGUGAAUGCUUUUGCACCCUUGACUGAUGCCAAGACUAGGAGCCAUGCUGAUGAUGUCGGUCUCGUUCUUUCUUCAUUACAGGCUAGUAUAUACCGAGGGGGAUACAGCCGUUUUGCUCCAUACUAAAUGACAAAACCAUAAAAACCUUCCAAUGUGGGGAAAAAGGAAGCUUUCCGAGGCCUGGGUAUUGCAAUACAUGCAGUAGUGCAUCAUUUUAGCAACUCUAAAAAGAGGAAAAAUUACAUUUUUUAUCUUAUACCUCAGAUAUUUUGUUCUGUGUAUUUUAAUAUUGUGGGUCUUUAAUUUCUGAAGGUUCCGUAGUUUGAUUGCUGGCUGUAGAAGUUUUUGUGGUGAUCUAGAAAGCUGCUAGAUAUGAAUAAAAACUGUUUUAGGGCCACAAUCAAGAGUGCUAUAUCAUGUAAAUGAAUUAUAUAUGCUGAAUAUUAAGCUAUUGGGGUUAUCACAUGUUUUGUAAGAGUGUAAGUGACUACAGUAGUCAUUUUUUCUGCAUCUACAUUUAUUUUAGUUUAUGAAAGGGAAGGAGGGGGGAAAUUGGGCAUAUGGGAAUGGGGUUUGAAUAAAAUAUUAAAUCAUGAAGCAAAAAGGGGGCCCCACUGCACCAACUAUCAUGUAUCAACUGUCUUAAAUUAUUCACUGUUUGUUCAAAGCCAAAGGUUAUGUUGUUAUUAUGGGUGCUUCUCUUGACACUUGUACAUAAAAUCUGAUUAAAAACUGUCCAAAGGCACCCUUUUAAAGCAUUCCACGAGGCAGUAUUCAGCUAUUUAACCAUAACUAGUUAUUUAGGCAAAAACUGCUAGUUAGGUCAUUAACAAGCAUUCUUUUUAUAUUUCUUCCAGUAUAAUAAAUUAUUGAUAUCAUUGCAGACUUUUAUAUUAUGGGAGGGAAAAAUAAUAAAAAAGGUGAUAAAAGCACUGUUUCUAUUUUUUUCUUUUUUUUUCCAAAAAAGAAAGUAAUAAAAACUUAAAUUCUUUGUACCAGUUAAAAAAAAUGUAUAAAAUUUACAUCUGUGCAGUGGAGUUAUGUUCUAGAAAUACACCGCCUAUGAUGCUUUAGAUUUAGACUAGUAGACCAACUGUUAGAGACAAACGUAUCAUUUUUAUGGAACUACAUGAUAAACAUAUUCAGAUUUAUAUAAGCAUUUUACAAGUAUUGCAGUCAUUGAGUAGAGAUAAUCAUGGUAUUUUCAUCAGCUUGGUACUUUUUGAAACAUGACUGUGUCGUGUAAACAAUCUGCAAUUUUUCAAGGCUUGACAACUUGCCCCUAUUUAAUUUUCAAACCCAAGACUAUUUUGCAAAGUACUGGGCCCGAGCCAACUUUUGAACUGGAACAAAAAAAACAAAAAAAAAAGGAGCUUCUUCU